GACUCCAUUUUGAAGGCGCUCUGAGGCGCCUCUGACUGGUUCUCUCCCAGAACGGCGUCCGGAGCUGAAGGGAGGAGAACCAUGGUGCAGCUCCUCCGCUGACUCCCAUCGGGGGAAGACCUGGGACUGGAGGGCGAAGGGGCGUCGGGGGCUGAAUGCGGGGCCGCUGGGUCGGUAGCGAGGAGGCGCUGCUGCUGCUGCGGCGGCUCUGGUGCGGGUUGCUGCGGCAGCGGCAGAGUGAAGCGCUCGCCUCCCUUCGCUUCAGCCCCCGGUCUGCCUCCUCCGGCCCUUCCGACCUCCGAGAGGGGAGACCCGCCGCCGCGGAGAGAUGAAGAACAUUGAAGUUGAAGAACAAAUGAGCAGCUGGCUCUUCAAACAGCUUAAACUCCAUUUGGAUCAGGAACGGAAAUACCAACCCAGGGAAAAGGGGCUGAGUCUCAUUGAGUGCACUACUGAGAAUGAAAACACCUUAUGCCCAAGACUGAGGAAUGCAAAAGUGGAAGAUCUCUGGAGUUUGGUCAACUUCUUUGGAUUUGCCACAGAAACCUUUGUCCUGGCUGUCAACAUUCUUGACAGGUUUUUGGCACUCAUGAAGGUGAAACCUAAGCAUUUAUCCUGCAUUGGAGUCUGUUGUUUCCAGCUGGCUGCUCAGCAGGUGGAGGAGGAAGGCAGCAUCCCGUCUCUGCAUGAUGUCAUCCGGAUUAGCCAAUGCAAAUGCACCGUUUCUGAUCUAAAGCGGAUGGAAAAAAUAAUAUCAGAAAAACUGCACUUUGACUUCAAAGCAACUACUGCCUUAACUUUUUUGCACUUAUACCAUACUAUUGUACUCUGCCAUACCUCAGAAAGGAAAGAGCUGUUGAAUCUCGACAAACUGGAAGCACAACUUAAAGCUUGUAACUGCCGACUUGUUUUUUCAAAAGCGAAACCAUCCAUUUUGGCCCUGUGCCUUCUCUCUCUGGAAGUGCAGACGCUGAAAUCCAUCGAGUUGUUUGAGAUUCUUCUGUGUGUUCAGAAGCAGUCCAAGAUAAGUGACAGUGACUUACUCUAUUGGAGAGAACUGGUCUCAAAAUGCUUAGCAGAUUAUGCUUCCCCUGCCUGUUGUAAGCCGGACCAUAAAAAGCUCGUCUGGAUUGUUUCAAGACGCACUGCCCAGAAUCUUCAAAACAGCUACUACAGUGUCCCUGAGCUGCCCACAAUCCCAGAGGCCGGAUGCUUUGACGAAAGCGAGAGUGAGGACUCUUGUGAAGACAUGAGUUGCGGAGAAGAAAGCCUCAGCAGCUCUCCUUCCAGCGACGGAGGGGGCGCCUUCUUUUUCGACCUCAAACCAAAAUCCAAGUGGCAGGCUCUUUCCUUCGACUCCGUCUCCUAGGCUGAGCUCUUAAGCGCAUCGUAGUAUUUUUAGGCAAUAAGUAUCUGAACCAGCCCUCUCCCAACUUGGGGUGCCUUCCAAGGGCCGAUUUCCACCCCCAGAAUCGUCCAACACCCCCCCCCCCAAAGAACCCACCGUUGUUGCAGCUGAGAAUUCUGGGGGUCGAAAUCUACGCCGCUGGUUGGGAGGAAAAAACAAAAGCUGAUCUUAGCAUCCCUUGUACUUUUGGUACAAGAUCUCAUGGAGUACUCAAAAUACGUAUUGUGCUUUUUUUUACCUUUGUAUGAUGGUAAGUCUGAUGUGGCAUGAAGGGAUCAAAUGAACCAUUUCAAACCUUUCUUCUCGGCGAGAAAACGAUCACAGGAGGAGCACAGAUUUGCCACCCGGAUCACAAGAGAGAGCUUCAAAGCUCGGCCAUGUGCUGAAAAUUUUCUGCUGAAAAAAAAAAAAAGAUUGAAUCUGAGCAUUUUUGGUGGAUAGACAAAAUUGCAGAGAACGUAUAUGAAUUUCUUUUCUGAAAAGAUUUUAAAUAUUUUUUUUUU